GCACACUACAUAAUCAAUUUUCGUCAUCAGCUGAGCAGCUGCAAGCUGGCUGGUUGACAAUGGCAGAGCGAGAGAAAUCUCUGUCAGAACGUUGGUGCCUGCUGAUGAUUUAUCAUGAAAUCGUGUGAUCUUCCGUAAGAACAAGAUGAAUUUGUCAACAGUUCCAGCGGGUAACCGUUUCGUGGACUAUUUCGUAAUUUGUGGUUUAGAUCUCAACUCAGGUUUGGAGCCUGAUCGUUUAUCGGGCGACAACCUGCAGUGCACGCCGCUGGACCGCUCCUACAAGUCGCACGUGCUGGGCCGCUACCCCGACAGCGUGCCGUGGAACCCCUUCGACAAGGACGCCGUCUGCAUGCUGUGCCUGCCGCAGGGAGUGAGGUUCCGCACGCAGAAGCACGCUCUGCAGCCGCAGUUCCACAGCUUCAUCAUCACGCGCGAGGACGGCAGCCGCAACUACGGCUUCAGCUACAUCUUCUACGAGGAGAUCCGCAACAGGAAGAUCUGCAGCGCCGUGCAGACGCUGCAGGCGAUGCACCUGACGGAGCUGUCGAGCUGCCAGCUGAGCGGCGGCGGCGGCGGCGGCGGGCCCCGGCGGGGGCGGCAGGGCCGGCUCGGCGGCCACGACUCGCACUCGCUGCCGCGCCACUUCAAGCUGUCGGCGCACCAGCCCGCCGCCGCCCAGAGCUACUACGACGUCGCCAAGGACACGCUGUUCGUCACCAAGAGCAUCGCGCUCAUCUGCCAGCUGCCGUACGUGCACGCGGCGCGCCAGUUCCUCGUCGGCCUGCACAGGGCGCACGUGAACCGCGCGCACGCGCGCCUCAGCUUGGAGAGCCACGUGCACAACCUGCUGUACGAAGUGCCGGCGCCGCAGCCCGGCCGCAGCCUGCGCUUCGCCUGCCCCGAGACGGAGGGCCUCGUGGUGCUGCAGCGGCCGGGCUCCAUCGAGGAGCUGCCCCUCUUCGACUUCCCGCUGCGCCAGCUGUUCCGGCUGCUGGGCGUCGAGGCUGUGCUGCAGCUGCUGGCCUGCGUGCUGCUGGAGAGCCAAGUGCUGCUCUGCUCCGCCGACUACCAGCAACUGAUGCUGGUGGCAGAGUCCAUCACGUGUCUGCUGUUCCCGUUCGUGUGGCAGCACGUGUACGUGCCCAUCCUGCCCGCCUCCUUGCAGCACUUCCUGGACGCCCCGGUGCCCUUCGUCAUGGGCCUGCACAGCGGCGAGUCCAACCUGCGCAUCGCCAGCGAGGGCAACCUCUGCUACGUGGACAUCGACAGCCAGAAGAUCCAGCUGCCCGAGGAGCUGCCCAGCUUCCCGCAGAGGAGCGAGUUCAUCGCAGAGCUGGUGGAGCUGCUGGGGAAGUACCGCGUCCCCUCGGGUCGCGUCAGCUCGUCGCCUCACGUGAUCAGCUCCCCCGGCGCGAUGACCUCCAGCUGCACCCUGCCGCCGGGGCUCAGCUUCCAGCGGCGCAAGCACUCCUGGUCGCACGACUCCGACUCGGGGGUGUCGGACACGUCCAGCGCCGGCGGCUCACCGCAGCUGGACGGGCUGCAGAGGCUCGUGGCCAUCGUCCGCAAGACAGGUGUGAACCUGGACGGCAUCGACGGCAACCUGGUGUCCUCCGGGGGAGACGGCCCGGAUGACGAGGAGGAGCGGGAGCUGACGGACCACGAGCGGUACGUGGAGGACCUCAAGUUCAACAACGCCGUCAGGGAAACGUUCCUCAACAGAUUCGUCCACAUCUUCUCCGCGUACGAGCACUUCGUCAUACAGCCCAACCAGGACAAGGAGCAGUGGCUGAGCUGUCGCGACUCCAUGCAGAACUUCGACAAGGCCACGUUCCUGUCUGACCAGCCGGAGCAGCACCUCCCGUUCCUGUCACGCUUCAUCGAGAGCCAGAUGUUCGCGUCACUCAUCGACAACAAGAUCAUGUCCAAUUGGGACGAAGUGGACCCCAACCUGAGGGUGUUUGAUCGCAGGAUCCGCCUGCUCAGGAAGCGCUUCGGGGACGGGCUGGUGCGCACGCCCAGCUACGAGCCCUGCACCACAAUCAGCGACUCGCAGCGGCUACUGGAGAAGCGUCUGGCCUGCGCGGACCUGGUCGCGCCGGCGCCUCAGGAGGUGCUGCCCUCGGCCGACCCCCCGCCGGCACGCGCGCGGCCCGGCGCCAGCUUCCCGCUGCUGGACGCGGCCGUGCUCGGCAAGGAGCCCGCCUCCCACAGGAGCCGCAAGCGUAACGCCCACCGACACCGCAAGGAGCGCCAGCCGGACGCGAACUGUGACCCCAACCCCGCGGAUGCGCAGCAGCGCAACGGCAACGUCAACGUCGUCCCGCCGGUGACGACGGACGGCAAGACCCCCGCGAGCGUGCGCCAGCCCAAGAUGAGCGCUGAGAUGAGCCCUGCGCUCAUCGCUCAGACCAACUGGACCUUCGUCGAGAAGCUUCUCAAGGACGUGAAGAGCAAGACGAAGCGCAUGCUGGUGGAGAAGAUGGGCACCGAGGCGGUCGAGCUGGGGCACGGCGGGGAGGGCCCCGUGGUGGGGGUGGAGGAGAACACGCUCAUCGCCAGCCUGUGCGACCUGCUGGAGCGGGUGUGGUCUCACGGCCUGCAGAACAAGCAGGGGAAGUCAGCGUUGUGGUCUCACCUGGUGAAUUUCCAAGAGCUGGAGGAGUGCAACGACACAUCGAAACCAGUCGACCCCAACUUCCUCACGCCUGCCACACCAUCCCCUACUAAGUUCGGACUCCCAGAAUUACUUCUCGGCAUUAAAUCAAGGAAUAUUUUUGAAAUAGCUUCUUAUAUCACAACCAACUUUGACCUGUCGAGCGUGGCCCUGGAGCCGGACGUGUCCCCGCGCGGGGGCCAGGAGCGGCAGCGCACCCCCGACAGGAAGUCCCCCGGGGAGCGCAGAAGCCUGGGGGGCUGCGAUCACCCGGUGCUCCGCCCGCUGCCCGUCUCCCUCACCUUCGACAUGAGGAACGUGCAAGCAAUGACUGACAUCAAGACGCACAUAGGCUACGCCCGCGCUUGGGUGCGACUUUCCUUGGAGAAGAAGUUGUUGUCACGACACCUGAGGUCUCUGCUAGCGGACAGCGCGCUCCUCAGGAGUCAGUACAAGCGCUACGCGUUCCUGAGGUGUGAAGAGGAGAAGGAACAGUUCCUGUACCACUUGCUGACGCUGAAUGCUGUCGACUACUUCUGCUUCACCAACACCUACCCCAACACCAAGCUGCCGUACCGAGUCGUGAUCUUCCCGUCACGCAAAGCGAGCGCGGCGACUACCACCGCCAACGCGUGGGUCGCCAUCUCAGGCACACUUGGCGAGACGUCGCCUGUCCCCAUCCCGCGGGGGGCACAGGAGUUUGUGUUCCACCACAAGAACCUGGGCAUCCUGACGACCUUGAGGGUGGGACACGACAACUCCGGGCUGUCGCCCAAGUGGAUGGUCGAACACGUCAUCGUGAGGAACGAGGUUACGGGCCACACCUACAAGUUCCCGUGCGGGCGCUGGCUGGGGCGCGGCAUCGACGACGACUCCACGGAGCGGCUGCUGGUGGGGGAGCUGGUGGCGCGGCACGUGCGCGGCGAGGAGCUGGCCGAGGCCUGCCGCACCCCACCGCGCUGCCGGAGCCCCAGCGCGCCGCGCCGCCCCUCCGACGCUCGCCCGGGCGUGCCCGAGAUGCAGCACCUGCUGGGCGACGCGGUGAACAGCAUCGUCAAGUUCUACUACCGCCGCAAGCACGAGAAGGACCGCAGCACGCUGACGCACCUGCUGUGCGGGGAGCUGGGGCUCGUCUACUGCCUCGAGCAGGCCUUCCUGCACGGCUUCAGGUCCAGCCGGCUGUUCGGCAAGAACCUCUACCUCUGGGACUUCUUCGUACGGGCGCGGGAGCUCAUGGAGGAGGGUGGCGGCGGCGAGACCCGGGACACGGCCGGGGAGCGCGCCGAGGUGGUGCGCUGCUACUGCCACCUGGUGGACCAGGUCAACGCCUCCAGCCACGCCCUCGGCAAGGACGGCCGCUUCCAGCUCUUCAUCUGCCUGUGCGCCAGGCAGCACCUCCUGCACAGGAUGCUGCCGGAACUGGCGUCAUGUCGGGCCGCCCAGGAGAUGUACGAAGAGCAGUCGUUCCUGCGCAACCCCAACCUCCUCACCUACCUCAGGCAGAUCUUGGAGUCCCUGGACGACUUCGACAUCGUGCUGGAGAACUCCCUCACCAAGGGCAUAGUGUAGCCGCUCAUGCCGAACAUUCCUCUCCAUCAGCCUCCGGUCCAUGCGGCGUGCGAGAACCUUCUGUUUGUGCUCUAUUGUGUUUAUAUUAAGAUCUCUCCUUCAAAUCGUUUCUCCCCUCAAAACUUUACUUUAUCCUUUCAAACUGUUAAACUAAGCAGAAGUUAAUGUGCUUGACUUGACAUUUUCACAUUUUGAAAAAAAAUUUUAAUAAAUAAAUUAUUCUUUUUUACGUUAGUAUGCACUUGACAAAUGUUCUUUUUAUUACAUAUUACAAAAUUCAUCUCAAAUUUGUCAAUUGUUUGCAAUGAAAGCAAACAUAUUUGAGAUGAAAGAAAGUAUCUACUCGUAUAACAACUUCAGUCUUAAAACUGUGCUCACAUUAUAUGCACAAGAAUCGUCCUUGAAGUGAAUAAGUGAUGAGAUUUCGACUCUUUUUCAACUUGUUCAUUUCUUUCACAGUAGCUAGACCUUGAUGACAUUUGUAUCUCUUUUUAAAGUCCUUCCUUCAGAGCAUUGCAUGUUUCCUUGUUAGUUAAUGAACUGUGAAAUACAUUCUCUCUCUUUCUCCCUCUCCUUGUCCCCUCAUUUCUUGUAGCCAUGGUUCGUGCAAUGUCUUACACGCUGCGUUGCCAACACCCAUCCAGACCUGUGUGCACUUUUCGUUUGGCCUUGUUUCAGCUGCCUGGUGGUUGGCUGUAUGAAAGUUACAAAACGCACAGUGAAAUUAAAUAUAUUUUGUACUGAAAAUCAAAGUGGAAAUCCUGGAUUUUGAAAUUUCUAUCAUUAUCCAGACAUAGUGUUAUAAUUUUUAUAUGAUGAAAGUUAGAUUUCUAUAACGUGUAGUGUAGGACUGGUUGUGUCUUGAAGUAAUGAAGUGAUACAUAACUUUAUCAAUAGCACAUGGGCUUUGCACUUACAGUUUGCAGACAAAUUAUACAAUACUAGAAAAUUUGUUUUGCAGAAUCAUCUUUUUUCAAGUUUUAAAUUUGACUGCUAAUGUAGAGAAAAUUAGUCUAAAUUCAUAAUUUAAAGAGUAAUGGGAAUAGAGGGUUUUUUUUCGUCCCAAAACUGAAACAUAUGUGAUUGUGAUGUUCCUCACAUUAAAGUACCCAAACAAAAUGUAAGCUAGUUUGUCUUUUUUUUUUUUUAUUAUUAAUUUAGUGAUGGGCUUAUUUGUUUUUCAAUCCUUCAUUUUUUUUCUCAAACAGGAAAUUUUUGUGAAUAAAAAUUUCAACAAAGCAAUUUUAGAAUUGAUAAUCAAAAAUGGUUAUAUAAGUAAAAUAAUUGGGUUGUAUGUAUAAAUACUUCUGAAAACUGUAAAUGGGUUGGAAAUGAAACAAGUAUUCACAUGUUAAUAAUAAUUAUGUAAUGAACUCAUAGAUGUAGUCAGACCAUAUAUGUAUUUAAUCACGUUCGUGUCAAUCAUGAUUUUUCUGCUCGUUAUAUUGUCUUCUCAGACAGUGAGAGUUUAUCCCACGUUGUGAUUGGCUGGGAAGUUAUUGUUACAACUGUUCCAUGAUAUCCCGUUGCAGUUCAGAACAAACAAGUACAACUCAUAAAGCAUUAUGAUAGCGCAAAAAUAUAUUUUCUGUCUGUAUAUGCCUGUUUACAAGUACCAUCUGUGAAUAUUUUUACUUUAAGUUUUAACUAGUUUACAUUUAAACAACUAUUACAUAAUAGGUAAGCAACAUCGUAAUAUGAGCUAUACUUAAUGUUGGUUACGUAUGUGAUCUUCCUCUUUAUCAAAUUACAUGGUGACUUCGGCAGCAGACCUGCUACAUUUGGCAUGUGUAACAGUGGUUGCUUUAUUGUUCACAGUUGCUCCUGAAAUUUUCCAUAGGACAAAGUAAUAAGUCAAUUGGAAUUUUUUUAGAAAAAAUUUAUUUUAAUCUGAAAUCAGGAUUGAGAAAACAGAUACCCAUCAUUAUAAAAUUAUUUUACUGUAAUUUUCACCAUGUAGAAAUAUGUACUUUACGUAAGGUAUAUAGUGUAGAAUGCAAAUCAUAUAUAUUUUUAGUGCUAUGUUAGAUUUUAAAUAAUUUAUGUGCCAUAAUUGUUAAAACUGAUUAAGGUCCUAAUUUGGGGCCACAAACAUCAGGCUCACAUGUGCUGAAACUAUUAGAAUUUAAAACAUAAAUACUCAUAGUUAUUUAGUUUUAUAGUUUUUCUUUGCUAAGAUUUUGUUGUAAAAUUGCUGUGGUAUUAGUUAUUUGAGUGUUUUUUUUUUUCAGUGUCCCGGACAUGUGUGUAAUUAAAACAUAUAGUUUUUAAUGUUCAGUGUGAAAGAAAGUAUGUAUGUGUGAAAGUUAUCAAGUUGUAAGUGAGUGUCAUAAUAAUGUAAUAAUUGACUGUAAUUUUAAGUAGUGAUGGUUCGAUUCCAAUAAUUUAUUGAUUCUGAUUCCAAUGCCAACUCUGUCAAUGUGUUCAUUGACUCUAAAGAUUUAUUCUCAAUAUUUUGACUACUUUAAGUGUAGCUGAGUAUAAGUGUUAAUGGAUACUUCAUCUAUGCAAGAACAAAAACAAUUUUCGUAAUUGAAACUCAUUUGUUAUUUCUGAGAUAAAAUAUUCAGUGUUGCAAAUGUAAUUUGUCUAAAAUACAACAUUAAAACCAAAGUCCAAUACAUGUGACAUGCUCUACCUCAAAUUUUUUUGAGGUAGCCUUUUUUAUACAGGUUAAAAAGGAUGUAAUGUACAUAUAGGUGUGGCCAGGAACAUAUGCAGAAGCCGCAGAAGUAGGGGGAUGGUGAAGAUAUAUCCACACCCUCCCCACGAAUUCUAAAAAGGAAGUAUAAAAAUCUGUCAUUCCCACAAACAAAAAGAAA